AUGGACGGGCAAGCGCUAACGAUAGUGGUUCUGGGGAUGGGAGGGGUGGGCAAAAGCGCCCUGACGCUGUCCUACGUCAAAAACCUCUUUGUGCGUGAAUACGGCACGAAACAGGUGAGCGUGGACGACCAAGUGUCGGUCAUUGACAUCCUCGACACGGCCGGAACAGAAGACCACAUGGUGAUGCGCGAUCAGUGGUUCAGGGCGGGUGAUGGCUUUCUCUUGGUGUACAGCGUGGACGAGCCCAGUACGCUGCAGUAUUUGUGCGAGCUACGAGUUCGAAUGCUUGAUUGCCUGGAAGUGGCAAGCGUGCCGAUGGCGAUUGCCGCGAACAAGACCGACUUGCCACCAGAGCUACACAGAGUCACGCUCGAGCAGGCCAAGACCGUGCUGGCCGAGUUCAACUGCCAGAUCAUUGAAACCAGCGCCAAGAACCAUCCCUACCUUCUGAACCAGCUGAGCUCACAAUUUGCGCUCCAUCCAGCCAUGCACAUCCCGAUCGUGAGCCCAGUCAUCCGUGGAGUGACCCACGCCGUUGUGCGCGUCGUCACCCUUCCCGCGCGCCUCUUCGGCGGCCGCAGCCGAAGGCGCCACGUCACCCACCACUAG